GUCCGGGUCCGGGUUCUUGGCCCCGCUCGCGACGUGGUGUGGUGGGGGACUGGGUUUUGCUCCUUCUCUAGUCCGUCCGAGAUGGUUAACGCUAGCUUCUAUCUUGGCUGAUUAUCCCGGUGGUUGGAUCCGUGUCUCUGUCUUUUCCGGUAGUCCCCGCGUGGCGUGGCCUUGCCGUGGCACUGGCAGUGGCGGACGGGCGCGCGUACCUUGAUGAGAGCCACACCGAUGUGGGUGGUGCGUGCUACUACUGCUGCCUCUCUGGCGCGCGGCUAUUCCAUUCUCCUUCGUCGUCAUCGUCAUGGAAUCCAUCAUGAAGGCUGAGCGGAGCAAGGCUGCUGCUGCCGCACAGAGGCGGCCGCUGGCGCCGUCCGAGAAGAACAAUGCAGCAGCCCCCGCCGGUCGGAGAACAGAGAGCCCUUCGAGGUUCAAGCCCGUGUCGGUGUCGCCGGCGGCUCCUGCAGCGAGGCGGUGCGGUUCUCCGAGCCCCGGCCCCGCCUCUGCGGACGGCGGCUCGGCGACGUGCAACGGAGCGCGGUCGGCUGCCGCGCCUUCUCCUGCGCCGUCCUCUCGGCUGAAGCCCUCGGCCGCGGCGAGGUCCGCGUCUGCCGUGUCUCCACGUGACGCGGCCGCCGAUGGACACGGCACUCCACCCCGUGCAAGGAAGGGCAAAGACUCCGACCGCCCGUGGGCGUCGGCGCGGAGCUCGUGCUCGUCUCCCCUGCUUCGACCAGAGGCAGAGCACGGGCAGUCCCCUGCCACUGCCAGUAAGGUAGACAGGCUAGUCCGUGGCCUACCUUCAGAGCCGGUGGUCAGACUGAGGCCAGGAGCUGUGGCUGAGAGGAAGACGAGCACGAGCCCUCGACCUCGUGGAAGGAGCACGAGCAAGAACAACACCGGCGACCAAAGCCAACACGAGAAUGCUCGCCCUCCGGAGUCCCCUGCCAACAGUGUCGCCCUCGCCGAUAAACACUGGUGGCCGGGGAUGAUGGCUGGCCUCUCUUCGACAACCGCCGCUUCUGCGGAAAAGGCUAGCAGGUCUGACGCCUCUUCGUCAUCAGAUGCUUCAGCAGGACGUUCUCCUCCAAGGAGGACGCGUCCAUGUGAAGGCGCAGCAACCGGCAAGAGCGUGAAGCGGGGACCAUCGAACGAGACGGCGCAGAUCGUUCACCGGAGAAGGAAAGACAAGGCGGCGGACUCCAGCAGCGACGCCUCCUCGCAGAUGUCGGAGAGCUCUAAACCCACCUGCCGCCCGAUCAAGCAGGCCGUUUCUCUGCCCGUUCCAGCUCUGCGCCGGUCCUCGUCUACUACCUCCCGGUCCUGCCAGACCCCGUCGCGGAUGAGGCCGUCAGCAGCAGCUUGCCAAUCGAAAUGCGCGUCUUCGGCUGCUCGAACGGUUGUCGAACAGCCUGCUUUUAGCUACAUCAUCGCUGAUGCGCGGAAAGGGAAGAAGAACGCAUGCCAGAUUGAGAACGUACACCAGCUCCGUCUGCUGAGCAGUAGGUAUCUGCAGUGGCGCUUCGUGAAUGCACAUUCAGAAGAGACACUGUCCCAUAGAAAUAGUGUUGAGAGUGUUCUUUACAAUGUUUGGGAAAGUAUCUCGACACUGCGGGAUGCUAUGGCAAUAACAAGAGACAGUGUGCGACACCUGCAGCAACAAGUGAAGCUGUAUCACAUUCUAACAGAGCAGAUUUGUUACCUUGAGCAAUGGCCUGCACUAGAAGAAGAAUGCAAUGGCACACUAGUUGAGGCGACGGAGGCUCUCAAAGCAAGCACGCUUCGCCUUCCAGUCACAUCAGGAGCACAGGCUGACGGAAUUGCAGUCAGGAACGCUAUAAGCUCAGCCGUUGAUGUCAUGCAAGCUCUGAGUUCCUCUAUCUACUACGUGCAAUCGAAGGUCGAAGACAGGACAUGUUUGGUUUCGGGACUUUCGGCUACGGCAAGAGAGGAAAACGUCGCCCUUGAUCAAUGCAGAGAGCUCUUAGCUACGGCAGCAAAACUGCAGGUGCAGGAGACCAGCCUUCGCACGCUUCUGAUGCAACUGCGGCAGAGAUCUGCAGGAUGAACUGACAAAGAUGAUGAAGGAAAAUAACCAUGUUUUUGACGUCAACACUGCCAACAUCAGCCUACGUCGUACGUACUGGAACAUACUCCCACCAAAGUAAACAGUGAUCUGUAGAGAUGAGUAGCAGACUGCGCAUACCGCACGUAUACAGCCAUACACAGUAUCUGUCCUUGGGGGUAUGGCCGUAUGGGGGCGUUGUGCAUUUCUGCAAGCCUGCAGCUAACGACUCACGACGCUUACAAUUGUUUGAGGAAAAGAAAAAGGACAAAAGGUGUAAAUGAUUUUCACCGUACUGUAGUUCUUUUAUUUGUUUGUUUGUUUUCAUUUCAUAGGGGACGUUAGUUGUUUCUUCAGGGAGCUAGCAAUCUUUCUUACCCAGCUCCCACUGUACAUCUUGAUUUUUUCGAGAAGUGAAAAGAAAAGAAAAAGGAUAGAAGAAGAACCGCCAACAAA